GGUACACCCACCACUGACUGACUGAAAAGAAAAAAAAAAGAUUGCGACAAAAUCAUUUCCAAGCAAAAUGUCUCGACAAGCCUCCCGAUUAGACGCAAAGAAAGUGUAAGUGAUAUAUUGUGGGCGAGCACAAAGUAGCGCAACCUGCGCGCUAUGGAUAACCAUUUUAGCAGUAACCACCGCACAACAGCAACGCCAGCAAGAAUGAGCACCAACAACAACAACAGCACGAACAGCAACAACACCAACGUCAACAAUGUGGUCAACAAUCCAAAUACAAACAACAACGCUGCCACAACAACAGCAACAGCCACAGUUGGCGGCCAGCCGAUACAAGUGAUACCGAUGCCAUUGCUGCCAGCGGGUGCCGCUCAAAUCAUAAUUGGCCAGCAGCCUCAGGCGCAGGGGGGCGCGGCAACUGCGGGUACACUGCAACCACAACUGAUACCGCUGCAGGCAAAUCAAAUCAUGCUACAGGCGACACAACAGCAGCCACAGAUGCAGGUGAUGCAGCUACCCGAUGGCCAAACGCUGUUCUAUCAGACACCCACCAUAACAUCGCUGGAUCCGAACACAAUUGGAGCAGCCGCCGCAGCAGCAGCGGCAGCGACGCCGCAUUACGUUAACAUCAAUGGUCAGCUGGUGCAGAUAACCACGGCACCAAGUGCGAAUCAGGCUACAGCCGCAACAGCGGGCCAACAGAUCAUAAUGUUGCCACAAAUGGCAGCUGUGAAUGCGGCAGCUGUGGCAGCCACAGCAGCAGCCAAUAAUGCGACCCAAGGCGGCAAUGCUGUCAUCAGCAAUGUGCAGCAGCAGCAGCAACAACAACAGGCGGCACAGCUGCAGGUUCAGGUGCAAACUGGGCCAGCUGUUGGGAGCACAACAAGUGCUGGUGUCGCUGGCGGCAACAGCAGCAACAACAGCGGAGGCGGCAACAACAAUGCAAACAGCAGCAGCGCCGAUGUCAGCACAAGCACCACGGGCACGAAUACGAAUAGCGAGGAGGAUGAGAACUCCAAGGGCGAGGCGGACGAGGAGCCGCUCUAUGUGAAUGCCAAGCAAUACAAGCGUAUACUGAUACGACGACAAGCGCGCGCCAAACUGGAGUCACGCAUACCCAAGGAGCGUUGCAAGUACUUGCAUGAAUCUCGUCAUCGGCACGCCAUGAAUCGGGCACGCGGUGAAGGCGGUCGUUUUCACUCGGCGCAAGAGAAGGGCGAUCAAUCGGGACUCGAUGGCAUCAGUUUGCCGCUGACACCGAGCGGCGGAGCGACAUUGAGUCGCGGCACAGCGAGAGCGCCGCCAAAGCUGAUAGCACCACACCAAACGCCAAGCAUAACCAUAACGGCCAUCAAGUCGGAGUGAAUGAAGCGCAGUUGUUGUUUGUAGAUAGAGCACACACCCCAAUUUAUCAUUAAGUUAAGAAUGUAGCUUGUAAGUCUGUCUAUAGCAAUUAGGACCGAACUCUGGCAAAUAAAUUUGUAUUUAUUGUAAA